AUGUCGGCCACCCGUCGGCAUCGUCAUGGUGUUCCAUUUCGCCGAUAUCGAUACGAGCCAAAUCCCGCGCAUCAAAUUACUCGUGGCAAGCGGUCAAUAUCAGCUACGCCCAUUCGGAACAGUUCGUUGACGGAUGCAGCACUUGCUUCUGAGAACAAUUUUUCGCCACCGAAGACGUUAAAGGAGAUCCAGAAAGAGGAAGAGGCAGUCGCAGCUCGUGAGCGCGAGGUGAAGGCGCGACUUCGUGGCGACACCAUUCUCGCGCAGCAGCCGCAGUCAACGGUGAACUGCUGGGGGCUAUUCCGCCCUCUAGAUCGCGUGUCGCUGGCGGAUGUGCAAAAGUUUCAGGAAAAUCAACAGUUUUUGGAGCAGCAGCGUUGUAUCCUGGCGAGUAUUGAGCGAGAGCAAGCUGAAAAAUUACAGAAAGCGAUUGGGACAACACUGGGCGUUGUAGGUAAGCAAAUGACGUCCAAGAAGAAUCAAGGAGCUGUGGUCGACAAGUGUGGACAGAAGACAGCCAAUAUCGCUGCUAGUCGUGAUGUCUCGAGUGUAGCUGGUGACAAUCAAGACAAACGUAAGAAGCAGAAAAAAAGUGAAAGAGCGCAAGGCUGCUCGAAAGGCAGCGGGUAA